UAAGAAGAGCCUCUGGAGGAUUUCCAGCUUUUCAUUGGCUUUGAGGCAAAAUAACAGUCCACAAACCAAGGGGUGGAGCAGACAAAGGUGUGGCUCCUCUGCAGGUAAAAACGGACAGUGCCAUGGUUACUUGAUAGACCCAGGAAGUCACUAGAUAGCUGUAGUGACACAGAGUGUUACAGACAUGGCAGGAUGCAGGAUUAACGUUUGGAAAAAUGAUCUUAUUGUGCUUUGCUGCUCCAGUAUAUCGUAACAGACAAGUAAGAAUCACACUUAACUGCAACUGAAGGCCGAGUCCUGUCAUCAUUUUUUCAGAAGAGCCUGUAACUUUUGCUCUGUGACUUAUGUUAAAGGACGGCAACCUACAUCUACAGACAAGGGACUGUCAGCAUGCCGGAAAGUGGCUUUGUUAAGGGAGGACAAAGCCAGGGAAUGGUGGACAGUGGGAAACUGGCAGAAAGACGGAGAUGGUUUAGUCGGUCACGACGCCACUGCCUCUUCGUCAUUCUGGUGUUGGGAGCAGCUUUUUUUUUUUACAACACAAACCUGAAGGACAUGGCACCUGACUGGGACCCAAAAUGGGGGAUGGAAUACAAUGUAACAAAAUGGUGGAUUCCAUUUAAAAGUCAGAGACAAAAUGUAGUCUCUCCCAACACGUCUGAUUCCAGCGGCAGCACUCCUGGAUCUGCAUCUGGACCGACCACUGCCGCUGGCUUUACAACUGAGACCAGCUCGUCUGUAUUUCCUCAUACUUGGAAUAUCACUCCAAUAAAGGCAAUGCAGAUGAUGACACAAAACACACCUGUGCCAGUUCCUUAUGUAUCUCCGGGACCGUACUUAGUGGAAUACCCCUAUGAGUACCACUUCAUUAUAAAUGAGCCAAAGAAAUGUGAGCAGCAGCAGCCUUUCCUGGUUCUGAUAGUUCCUGUGGCGGCCCACAACAGGGCCCAUCGUGACAUCAUCCGCAGCACCUGGGGAGGUGAAAGCCUGGUCCUGGACAAAGUGGUGACGCUGUUCUUCCUGCUGGGGCUGCACACUGGAGAGGGAGCAGAGCAGCUCCAAGAGCAGCUGCUGCAGGAGAGCAAAGAGCAUCAAGACCUGAUCCAGAGCGACUUCCUGGACUGCUACAAGAACCUGACCAUCAAGACCAUGGUGAUGCUGGAGUGGCUGGACGCCCACUGCUCCAGCGCCUCUUAUGCCAUGAAGAUUGAUUCAGACAUGUUUCUAAAUGUGCCCAAUCUCAUCAACAUGUUGUCAAAUGCUCCAAAGACUAACUACAUGAGCGGACUUGUGAUGAGAGGAGCUGUAGUCCACAGAGAUCCAGGUUCUAAGUGGUACGUACCUGAGGAGAUUUACCCUCAGUCACAGUACCCACGUUAUGCUUUGGGUCUGGGCUACGUUUUGUCUCUGGACCUCCCUAAAAAGCUAGUGGAGGCAUCCAGACAUAUUAAAGCUCUUUACAUUGAAGAUGUGUAUUUGGGGUUAUGUAUGCAGCACUUGAAUAUCGCUCCCACCGACCCCCCAAACUGGAGAGAUUUUAAUCUCUAUCCUGUAGCGUACAGUCGCUGUGCGUACUCCAGGCUAAUAGCCACCACUACAAAUGAAUACACUGAUCGUGUGUGGACUUGGAAAGACUUUAAAAAACCAGGGUCAUACUGCUGAUCUGUAAAAAAAGAUAUGAUAGCUGAAGAAGGACGUAAGAGUAAUAUAUUGAUAACCAUGACUGAAUUUUCUCAGCUCCUGUUACCAAAGUGAUUCUAUUUUUUUGUGGUUUACAUCUUAUAUAUUAAAAAAACGUUCCUCAAAGGUAAAUCCUACGUUUACCAUGACAGAAAAUAUUACACUUCUGGUGAGCUAAAGUUUCUCAACCCUGGGGUCGGAUGUACAACAUAAGACUCUCUACUUCCAGGGUUUAUGAACACUUUGGGAGCAACUAGAAAUUCAGUCACCCCGGGCCAUGAAAGGUUGAGAAACUCGAGUCACUGCGCCGCCCUCUCUGUCCUCAACUGCAGGGUUGGUGAACAUACAUAUAUGAAGGAAACAAACAUCCUAGAACUUUAAGUGUGUUUGCUGAACGGCAGUGUUACAGAGAAGGACUUGAAUGUAUUAAAAGUGUUUAUUAAACACUUAUUAAUGUGAUUAAAUGUGAUUAAAAAGUUGUGAAGUAAAAGAAGAGAUCUCAUAGUUAAUAAUUGUAUUAUUGUAAUUAGCUGUCAUGCUCAAAGAGAUGGGACCAAUAUGUUACAACCUGAAACAAAUACUGUAACUUGAACUACAAUGAGGCCUUUAUCCCUACAGGUUUUUACCCCUACAACUUCGUUUUGGGACUGAUCAUGACACUGAAGAAAAUGUUCUCACUCUUGUUCUCUCACUCAUUCUCACAUGUUGAGACACGUCACAGCACUUAGGUAAAAUGUGCAUUGUUGCUCUGCAUGACGAGUAGGACUGGAGACAAUGUUGAGAAAUAUUUUGCUAAGAUGUUAUCUGAAUGCUGCCUCAUCUCUGUUUAGUAUUUCAACGUAAACAUUAAUGCUGGGGGAAAUUAUAGUCUAGUUUUGGGUGAAAUAGAGGCUCUUCACUGAAUGUUUGUGUAGAUAUUUUGGUCACUUUAAAAAUAAAAUCCCCACUUUUACAGUCCUACCAUGAGUUGUUUACAAUAUCCAGUAAUAACUUAAUCAUUUAUUAUUUUUGUUUGUAUUUGUAACACUUUCUAAUAAGGAUAUAAAACACAUGCUUAAAUAAUGCGUGACUAACAGUGUUGGGCAGUAAUGCAUUACUUAGUAACGCCUUACAGUAAUGUGAACGAGUAGUGUAAAGGAUUACAAUUUGAAAUUCAGUAAUUACAUUACAGUUACUAAUCCCAGUAAUCCCAGUAAAGCUCCGUUUGUUGGCCUGUUUGCUGUCUGAAUUAGAUCUAGCACGCCAUCCACCACACAGUGUUUUUAUAUCACACCUAUUUGUUUGGCAGGUUGUCCAAUGUAACAAAUAAAAAGUUUCUAAUAAAUGCAUUGUAAUAUC